GUGUAUUGGUUUUAUUCUAGUAUUGGUUGUAUUCUUUUAUCAUUAAAUGUGUGUGAAAUGUACUUUAAAGCUUACAAAAAAGAUGCUGAUGACGAAGAAGACGAGGCGGAGGACAGCGAAAACGAAAAACAAAACACCAAUCGGAAAAGGGCGGCACAAGCACAGAGGAAAGGAGGCCCAAAAACGAAAAAACAACACAUACAAAGAAAAGAAGAAACAGAACAGGAAAAGGAAGAUGAUGGAGAUGAAGAAAGCAGUAAUGAAAUCGAUGGAACUACUGGCAGUGACAAAUCAUACCAGCAGAGGAUUCUAAAGAUAAAAGAAAGGAAACUUCGGAUUGAGGAAGCAAAACUACGGAAACUUGGAGAAAUUGUAGAAUGCUUGAAAGGCAUACAAACAAGCAUACGUUCUACUAAAAACAAAUUAAAGAAGUAGUGAAAUGGUGUGUGUGUAUAAUUCUUCUGUACACAGUGCCUGCAAACAUCAUACUUUUGUAGAUAUAACUUUACACACGUAUUAUAAUGUAUUGACAUUGCUUAUCGACUCUUUUUGGUUCUGGAGAAUCGUGCUUACUUCAGAAUAUUUGCUUUGAAUGGGAUGUCGUGUGUAGGUUAUAUCCAUUCUGUUUUUGUAACAAGGUUACAUAAUGUCUUUUUAAUGCAGACGUUUCUGUAAAGGAUUCGUGUAAAUAUUUAUCUUAAAUAGUGUGCCAUAAUCUAGGUAUUAUAUUAAUAUUUUAUCUACAAUUUCCACCUUAAGUCUAUGAACGCGCUAAUGUCAAAUUUAAUCAUUUAACUUUACACCCAAAACAUGUUGUCAGCGUUUUGAUGCAUCUGUUAGCUCAAUAUUGAAUUAUUCAUGUCAAGUGUGGGGGUAUGUUAAGUCUCAAGAACUAGAGAGGCUGCAUUUAAACUUUUCACAGGUAACUGUAGCGUUUACGGAUAACUGGACCAAUAUCCAUUGCAUAUAAAUCGAUAUAUACGUCUAAUUAAAUACUGGCUUAAGGUCGUCAAUACAGAUAAUUGUAUUAUUAUAAUUUUUGAACGAUCUAUCAUAUAUCGACUUUGUUAAUGGAAAACAUAAUUGGUGUAGCAAUAUUAAGAAUAUUAUCGACAAAUUUGGUUUUACUUUUGUAUGGAAUAAUCCAGACAUUGUUACUAUUAAGCAGUUUAUACCUAUGUUUAAGCAGACAGUUAUAGACAAUUUUAUGCAAGAAUGGCGAGGGAGUCUACAAAACAAUUGUGUGUUGACAGUGUAUAAACAUUUAAAACAUAUCCUUGAAUAUGAACAAUAUCUUGACAUUGUUACGAACAAAUCAUUGCUUAGCUGUUUAACGAGGAUGCGUGUAUCUGGUCACAAAUUACGCUUGGAAACCGGACGAUAUGGACCGCAACGUGAGAAGACAGACAAUGUUUAUUAUGUGUUAAUACUUUAAUAGACAUUGAAGAUGAGUUUCAUUUUGUUUUAAAUGUGAUUAUUACAAAGACUUUAGGAAACGUUAUAUAAGGAAGUAUUACACUAGAAACGCGAGUAUGUGGAAAUUGAUUGAGUUAUUUUCAUCAAAAAAAAAGAUCGGUGUUAAAUCGUUUGUGUACUUUCGUAAGUAAAGCUAAUGAGAUAAGAAAUUCGCUUACAAAUACUAUCCUUUAAUUUCAAUUGAUUGUCUUAAUAUGUUUUGUUUCUGUAAUAUUUGUAUUUAUACACCAACCCUUUGUGCUACAAAAUUGUGUAUGGAUGAGAAACAAUAUGUUUAAAUCUAAAUAAAUCAACUUUCUGUUCUGUUUCUGUUCUGUUCUUAACAGGGGUUAUACAUAAUGUUUUUACUAAUUGGCCUGUUCUCUUUGUUUCAUUGAAUCACCUUUUGUGAUUUAGUAUGCUGUUUGUAACCAAAUGUUAUUCUACUGUACAUACUUUUGAGAGUGUUUGAAUAUCAUAUAAUUAAGGAAUGAAUUAAUAAUGAAUAAAGAGGUUG